CCAGCCGCUGAGUAGCCAUUUUGGUCCCACCUAAAACAGACAGACCAGCUUCACUUUGGGCCGACGGAGAUGGAAGAAACCGAGUCGACGGCGAGUAUAUCGGCCACCCAAACCUUUUAAAUCUCUCGCAAGAAAUACUGACUGGUGACACUAGAGACCAUGGCUUGUUUCUAGACUGAAUUUGUUUUGUGGGGGGAAAAAAAGCCUUGGGCGAUUUUUGGAAGUGGCGACCGACAGCGCCUUAGUUUAGUUAGCUUCACUGACUGAAACCUAAACGGACAGACGGACAGUGAUUUCGUUUGCCUGUCGAGUUUGAACACAGGCCAUGAACGGUAUGUACGCGCCAUGUAAACAUUGAAAAUAGGAUUGUUAUGGUGUUAAGUGAGGAUUUUUUUCCGGUCCCUAACAGUUCAGGUGCUCGGCUCUAACACGUCCGGUCUCGUUUGAAAAUUGUCACGAUCCAUGCUGAGACUGUUUCCCCCGGAGAGAGCCGCUAAGCAAAGCAAUAAUUUCAUUUUUCGGUUGUGGGACUGAAGACGGUUUUGGUGGAUUUUGGACAGCAGACGGCGACUGGUGGAAGAAGGACGAAUAAUAGAAGAUGUCAACAAAAACUCCUUUGCCUACGGUCAACGAGAAGGUGACGGAAAGUCACACGUCUCACAGUAAUGGACGUCAGGAGAUCAGCACACGCUCGGGCCGGACCGGCGUCCGGUCCCGCAGCUCCGAGGAGACGCAGCAGCCCCACGUCGGGAACUACCGGCUUCUCAAAACCAUCGGGAAGGGCAACUUCGCCAAGGUCAAACUGGCCCGACACAUCCUGACCGGCAGAGAGGUGGCAAUUAAGAUAAUAGACAAGACGCAGCUGAACCCCAACAGCCUUCAGAAGCUCUUCAGAGAAGUAAGAAUAAUGAAGAUCCUGAAUCAUCCCAAUAUAGUCAAGCUUUUUGAAGUGAUAGAGACGGAGAGGACGCUCUACCUGGUGAUGGAGUACGCCAGCGGAGGGGAAGUAUUCGACUACCUGGUUGCACAUGGAAGAAUGAAGGAAAAAGAGGCCAGAGCUAAAUUUAGACAGAUUGUAUCGGCGGUGCAGUACUGCCACCAGAAGCACAUUGUUCACAGAGACCUCAAGGCUGAGAACCUGCUCCUCGACGCAGACAUGAACAUCAAGAUCGCAGAUUUUGGCUUCAGCAACGAGUUCACUAUGGGCAACAAGCUGGAUACGUUCUGCGGUUCUCCACCGUAUGCAGCGCCAGAGCUUUUCCAGGGGAAGAAGUACGACGGGCCGGAGGUGGACGUCUGGAGUUUGGGGGUCAUACUGUACACGCUGGUCAGCGGCUCGCUGCCCUUCGAUGGACAGAACCUCAAGGAGCUGCGGGAACGUGUGCUCAGAGGGAAGUACCGCAUCCCUUUCUACAUGUCCACAGACUGCGAGAACCUCCUCAAACGCUUCCUGGUGCUCAACCCGGCCAAGCGGGGUACUCUCGAGGUGAGGGAGGACGCAGAAAAUCAAAUCAUGAAGGAUCGAUGGAUCAACGCAGGAUUUGAAGAGGACGAGCUCAAGCCUUACACUGAACCAGAGCUGGACAUCACGGACCAGAAGAGAAUAGAUGUGAUGGUGGGGAUGGGCUACAACCUGGAGGAGAUCCAGGACUCUCUGGCCAAGAUGAAGUAUGACGAGAUCACAGCCACCUACCUGCUGCUGGGCAGGAAGGCCUCUGAGCUGGAGCCCAGCGACUCGGCCUCCAGCAGCAACCUGUCGCUGGCCAAACCGCGACCCAACAGCGAGCUCAACGGCCAGUCGCCCUCCCACCUCAAAGUCCAGAGGAGCGUCUCCUCCAACCACAAACAGAGACGUUACAGCGAACAAGUCGGUCAGAACGUCCCUCCAGGGAUGGCUCAUCCAAAGAGGAGUCAGACCACCACGGCGGACAACAGCACGAAGGAAGAAGGCGGAGUGCAGCUCCGUAAACCCAGCACCCCGGGCAGCCGCGGGGCUCCGCCCUCCAGCCCUCUGCUGGGCAACGCCAACAACCCCAACAAGGCUGACAUCCCUGACCGCAGGAAAGGCGCCACCACCGGCCCGAGCAAUAACACUGCGUCGGCCGGCAUGACCAGGAGGAACACGUAUGUCUGCAGCGACAGAAACAACACGGACCGCCUGUCCGUCAUCCCCAACGGGAAGGAGAACAGUGUCGCCGUGUCGCCCAGCAGCCAGAGGAACCCGGUGGCGUCGAUCCACAGCAUCGCCAACGCCACCACACCCGACCGACUGCGCUUCCCGCGAGGCACCGCCAGCCGCAGCACCUUCCACGGGGGCCAGCUGAGAGACCGCCGCACGGCCACGUACAACGGGCCGCCGGCCUCGCCCACCCUCUCCCACGACGCCUCCCCUCUCUCCCAGACCCGCAGCCGUGGAACCAGCAACCUUUUCUCCAAGCUCACCUCCAAACUCACCCGCAGAAACAUGUCAUUCAGGUUUACCAAAAGAGUCUCAACCGAGUUUGAGAGAAACGGGAGACUUGAGGGCUCAAGUCGCCAUGUACCUGGGGAUCAAAAAGGGGAAAAUAAAGACGGUAAACCCCGCUCCCUCAGAUUCACUUGGAGUAUGAGGACCACCAGCUCCAUGGAGCCUUGUGACAUCAUGCGGGAGAUUCGCAAGGUGCUCGACGCCAACAACUGCGACUACGAACAGCAAGAGAGUUUCCUGCUUCUUUGCGUCCACGGGGACGGGCGAGCCGAAAACCUGGUCCAGUGGGAGAUGGAGGUUUGCAAGCUGCCCCGUCUCUCCCUCAACGGCGUCAGGUUCAAACGGAUAUCCGGAUCAUCCAUCGCUUUCAAAAACAUUGCUUCCAAAGUUGCCAACGAGUUAAAGCUAUGAACAAAAAGGGUUUAAAAGUAUACAUAUAUAUAUCUAGAAGUAUUUAAGCUGUACAAUCAUCCAAGUAGCAGUUUCCAAAUGUCUCCUUUUUUUAAACAAAAUACAGAGUAUGUAUUGAAUAUUAUAAUGUAUAGAUUAAGGCUUUUGGCAAUAAUCACUGAAUUACCUACUAAUAUCUCAGUCUAUUCUGACCACACGGGGUCGACAUUAACGAGUUGAAUAUGAUUUGUCAUGCUGUGAAUGUGGACAAAAAAAACAAACAUUUCUAGUCUUAUUUAUUUUUUUUCCUUCAUGGAAAAAGAAAAAAAAAUACGUAGCGUUUUGUUUUCAGUGUAAAUAAUGUAUCUUACUUUAAAGACGGCUUCACUGCAAUACUCAUUUUGUUUUUGUUUUUUUUUUCUUUUUUGUAUUUCGUUAAAAAGUAGAGAUGAUGGGGAGUCUGUGUAAAUGCCCACAUGGUUUAAAGGGUCACUCAUGUCUCAAUUAAAGUGUCUGUCAACCUGAA